AUGCUUGAUUACGAAAUCCAUAAGGCUUUUUGCUCCUCUAAAUGUCAUGUUGAAUAUCGGCAAUUAAGUUGGGAACAAGCCUCCAACCUAACUCAAAUACAAAUGUAUCCUCCCCAACUUGAUAUUUCUAAUAAAAAAGAGGGUUUAAAAAGAGAAGUUUUAUUUUGGCGAGAAUAUGCUAAGGAGUUAGAAAAGAAAUUGGCUAAUCAGAAUAAUUUAACUCCUGAGGAGAAACAACAGGCUAAUUACUUAAAGAAAUUACAACAAAAUACCCUACAAAGUGCCGAGAAAUCUUAUAAAGAUAAAUAUGGAGAAUUGAAAGAGGAGAGUAGUGAUAAAGGAAAAGGAUUAAGUGGAGGAGUGAUUGCCUUGAUAGCG